GCAGCAGCACUUCCCACUCUCUCCGAGGACGGGACGCAGUGAGGACCCGCCUGUCUCCGCUUCUAGACUCCCCCCCGCCGCCUCUCUAGUUUCCACUCCCGUUUCUCCGUAGUUUCCAGCACCAGUCGUCCCCAGACAUGUACCGGUGCUUCGGAGAGCUGCUGAGCCGGUCCGCCGGGGCCGCCCUGGCCUCGGGCUGCGCCGAGUCCGCGCUGCCGGCGUCCUCCUCCAUGAUGCGGGUCCGCCGCUACGCCGACGCGGCGGAAAAGCCCGACGACCCCAACUUUUUCAAGAUGGUCGAGGGCUUCUUCGACCGCGGCGCCACCAUCGUGGAGGACAAGCUGGUGGAGGACCUGCGGACCCGGGAGACCCCCGAGCAGAAGCGGCACCGGGUGCGCGGCAUCCUGCGCAUCAUCAAGCCCUGCAACCACGUCCUCAGCGUCUCCUUCCCCAUCAAGAGGGACAACGGGGAGUGGGAGGUGGUGGAGGGCUACCGGGCCCAGCACAGCCAGCACAGGACCCCGUGCAAAGGCGGUAUCCGUUACAGCACAGAUGUGUCUGUGGAUGAGGUGAAGGCUUUGGCCUCCCUGAUGACCUACAAGUGUGCUGUUGUCGAUGUGCCAUUUGGAGGAGCCAAAGCUGGAGUUAAGAUCAACCCCAGGAAUUACUCUGACAACGAGCUGGAGAAGAUUACCAGGAGAUUCACUAUCGAGCUGGCCAAGAAAGGCUUCAUUGGGCCUGGCAUCGACGUCCCUGCACCAGACAUGAGCACCGGAGAGAGGGAAAUGUCCUGGAUCGCCGACACAUAUGCCAACACCAUUGCACACACUGACAUCAAUGCCCACGCGUGUGUGACAGGAAAGCCCAUCAGCCAGGGAGGAAUCCACGGACGUAUCUCCGCCACUGGUCGUGGAGUUUUCCACGGGAUUGAGAACUUCAUUAACGAGGCAUCCUACAUGAGUAUGCUGGGUCUGACACCCGGCUUCCAGGACAAGACCUUCAUCUUGCAGGGCUUUGGUAAUGUGGGUCUCCACUCCAUGAGGUACCUGCACAGGUUUGGUGCCAAGUGUGUGGGCAUCGCUGAGAUUGAUGGAGCCAUCUACAACCCAGACGGCAUGGACCCCAAACAGCUGGAGGACUACAAGCUGCAACACGGCACCAUCGUGGGCUUCCCCGGAGCCAAACCCUACGAAGGGAACAUCUUGGAGGCCGAGUGCCACAUCCUGAUUCCAGCUGCUGGAGAGAAGCAGCUCACACGCCACAACGCACCGAGGAUCAAGGCCAAGAUCAUUGCUGAGGGUGCUAAUGGUCCCACCACCCCAGAUGCUGACAAGGUCUUCUUGGAGAACAACGUCAUGGUCAUUCCUGACAUGUACCUGAAUGCUGGUGGUGUGACUGUGUCUUACUUUGAGUGGCUGAAGAAUCUCAACCACGUCAGCUACGGAAGACUGACCUUCAAAUAUGAGAGGGACUCAAACUACCACCUUCUCAUGUCUGUGCAGGAGAGCUUGGAGAGGAAGUUUGGAAAGCAGGGAGGACCCAUCCCCAUCGUACCUACCGCUGACUUCCAGGCCAGAGUUGCUGGUGCUUCUGAGAAAGACAUCGUUCACUCUGGGCUGGCCUACACGAUGGAGAGGUCUGCGCGGCAAAUCAUGCGCACAGCAAGCAAAUACAACCUUGGUCUGGACCUGCGAACGGCUGCCUAUGUCAACGCCAUCGAGAAGGUCUUCAAGGUCUACAAUGAGGCGGGACUCACCUUCACAUAAAUGACUCGUGGCGACCCGCACUGCUCCCCCUUCCUCCACCCUCCUGCUCUUCGUCUCCCUCUCUCGCGUCCCUCCAACCUCCUAAAACAGCCGUCCCAUCACCGUUUACUGCUGCUCAUUGACUCUCCCACACACAUGCAGCGACACAUCGACUAGCCUGGCAUCCAUCCUGUGAUCUUUGUGCCGCCCUUAUACUUCUGUGACUCUGAAAACGCAGCCCUGUUCUUGUUUCUGCCUCAACUUACAUUGAGCUGCCACGUUCACGGCUCUCACUGUGAUCGUUGAAUGCUCGUGUGACCCGCCUGUUGCAGUGGUUUCUGUUGACACCACUGCAGAUGCCUUAUUCCAGGAAGAGGUCUGCUCCAGAGAGCAGACGGCCACUUCAGUUUAAAGUUAAUUCAAAGGGACUUAGACGUACCGCUAUGUGAAUAAAAGAGAAUUGCAGUUUUAGUUCGUCUUCUCUCUUAGAGUAUAAAAGAUGGCAGUGGAGUUUCCAAGUUUCAGGACUUGUUUCUUUCACAGCAAGUGUCCCCUCGCCUCCUAUUCUCCUCUAUCUGCCGCUUUAUCUUCAACGCAGCUUCUCCCCAACUCUUCUGCUGGCCGUGAAAGGGGAGCAGAGAAGGGUGAGGCGUCGCUCUGACUCCUCCCUGCUGGGAUGCUCCUGUUUUAACUGUCCUGUUCUGCAGCAUCGAAAUUAUUUUGGAGGAAAUUGCUGUCUAUUUUUAUUUUGUUGUUUUUUUUGGAAACCAAUAAAAUGUUUAAGAAAAAAAAAAA